AUGAACCAAAUAAAAGCUAUUGAAAGGAUCAAUGAGGCGGAAUUGUCACAGGGAAUCUUGACUCAUGAACAAUCUUGGCACUACGAGUAUAGAAACCAAGCUUACAUCUUUAUAGGAGGACUCCACAAAGAGCUUACAGAGGCAGAUGUACUUACAGUCUUCUCACAGUAUGGGGUUCCGGUGGACUUAAAACUGGUUAGGGAUAGAGAGAAUGGUGAAUCAAGAGGAUUUGCAUACUUAAAAUACGAAGAUCAGAGAUCAACUGUUCUUGCAGUGGACAAUUUGAACGGUGCUAUUGUUGCCGGUAGACGCAUAAGAGUUGACCAUGCUCUCUAUGAACCCAGGGACGACGACUGGGAUUAUAGGGAAGCUGUAAGGGAAGAAUUGGAUAAGGAUAAAGUAUUAGUUCCAGGUGAGAGACAGCUACCGUCUCGAGAAGAUGACAAGAACCAUCGGGAUCAAAGCCAAGAAGAUGAUGAACUAGCAGAUCCUAUGGGUAGUUGA